AUGGCCGCGCCGGAUGGCGACCUGGAGUCUUCCUGCCAAAAGGGCUACGGAGCGACCGCAAGCCCCCAGAGCAAACCAGAGGAUGCCAAAGGAACAUCUGCCGCGACACCUGUGUCAAUUUUGCUGCAGGUGGUCAUCUAUGCCUUGGCUAUCCUUCUGUUGGGCCUGAUCUUUGUCAUACCAUCUCCGUUGAUUGAUCCCAAGGGAGAGGGCCAUCAUGCUUUACACAUCAAGCAGGGCCGGCAGAUGGUGAUGCGGAACAUCAUUUACGGGACUCUAGCAGCAGGCUGCCUGGCUUACUUAAUGCAUCUCCUGAAGCAGCCUCUCAUUUUGGGCUAUCUGCUGGGGGGCGUGCUCGUGGGCCCUAUUGGAUUGCGCUUAGUUAUCGAAGAGCAGGAAAUCGCGACGAUGAGCGAGCUUGGCCUGAUUUUUUUGCUUUUUAUGAUCGGUUUAGAGCUGAACGUAAACGAGUUGACACGACUGGGAAGCAAGCUUUUCCUGUCGGGGCUGAUGCAGUUCCCAAUCUGCGUUACUCUGCAUUUGCUGGCUUUCGGCGUUCUAGCGCGCUAUGGUGUUCCCAUUGGUGACUCUCACCUACAGAUUCUGUACAUUGCAGUUUGCUGCGGCAUGUCCUCCACGAUGAUCGUUGUAAAGAAGCUCCAGGACGCAAACGAAACCAAGACGGAAGCUGGCCAGAUUUCCAUCGGAGUCCUCAUCUUCCAGGACAUGUGGGCCAUCGUGGUUUUGGCCCUUCAGCCAAACCUCAGAGACCCCCGCUUCGCGGCCAUUGGCCGUACUUUUGCCGUGAUGCUUGCACUGGUCUGCGUGACCUUUCUGUACGCCAAGUACGUGUUGCCAGUGCUGAUGAGAGGCGCAGAAGGUGCCUCCGAGAUGAACAUGAUCCUUUUUGUUUGCUGGUGUUUUUUUGUGUGCGCUGCCGCCAUGCUGCCCUUCGUGAAUGUCUCCAUCGAGUUGGCGGCCCUGGUUGCGGGAGCUUCCUUGGCAACGUUUCCGGGCACACCAGCGAUCAACAAGAGGAUCCGCUACAUCCGUGAUUUUUUUGUUACUUUGUACUUCGUAUCUCUGGGCAUGCAAAUUCCCUACCCUACCAAGCACGUCUUCACCUCUGCCUGCACCAUUUCACUGGUGGUCAUGGCGGCGAGGUGGAUCGGUGUUUUCUGCCCCAUCUACAGCUGCGGAGGCGAUCUCGGACCCGCUACCCGCUCCACCAUCAACCUCUCGCAGAUUAGCGAAUUCUCCCUUGUCAUCACUGCUAUUGGUUGCAAGCAGAACCACGUGCCCAGGGAGACCCUGACAGUGCUGUCCUGGACCUUCGUGAUACUGGCGGUCCUGUCAUCUCCGCUGAUGGACCAUGGAGCCUCUAUGGGUGAGCUCCUGUACGAAAAGGCCUUUCACUUAGAGCAGCGCCUGUUUGGCAGCAAGAGCGGCAAAGACGGUGAGAAGUCCGAGGAAAGCAGCUAA